GGUAGGGUUAAAUUCGUCGUUUCGUUAUCCGUUAUCGCUGGCUACUGCUCCAUCGGCGGCUAGAGUAAUCCAGUGCAGAGGUCCCAUCUUAACGAAAGCUGUGAUUGUCCUUCGUCUUUCGAUUUUAUUCUUAGGUUUUGAAAUUCAUGUGUUGUGAGAGCCGAGGAAGAUGACGACACCAAUCACCGCGAAACACGCUCCGGUUACCGGAAAAGAAGAAGGCGAGCUAUCUGCUUCCGACGACGAAGUUCAACCAAUGCAAACAAGCACAAGAGCUCCUCCUACUGAACAUGUAUCAGUUCCUUCAGCUAACACAAAUAUCCAAAGGCCUCAAGCGGGAAAUGGCGGAUCUUUAAUUAAGCCUUCUGAUGCUACACCGACGAGGCUGACACACCCAGGAGGCCGGAUAUUUGAGAAGAAGCAAGCCAUUGCUGCCAUUCAUGGGAAGAAAUUUCCUGCAAGGGGCAACAACAGCAACCUCGUGAUAAACUUCUCAGAUGAUGAUAGUGGUAGUGAAUCUGAUGGUAACAGACGGACACAGACAUCAAACAUUCAAUCAAAGGGAACCAUGUCUGGGAAUAGAAACCCGUCUACAUUUUCACAAACAAAAUUGAAAGGACCAAGACAAACUGAUAACCGAGCCAUAACAAAGAAGCCGUUGCCCACUAGCACCUUUAGUCAUGCUGCGACUUCCAAAGUUUCCAACCUUUCAUCUGCUAAGGAAAUGAAAGCCAAUAAAAAUAUUCAUACCUCUGAAAGGACGGUUAGCAAAGAUACACGGCUUCCUGAACAGAUUGUGAAUCCCAAUAACAUCAAACUUCAGGAUUUGAAGCAGCAGAUUGCGCUUCGGGAAAGUGAGCUGAAGCUUAAGGCUGCACAGCCAAAGAAGGAUGCUAUUAACCCAAAAAUCAGUCCAGCAAGGAGAGUCAGUAUUAUUUCUGAUGAUACUAGACAGCUAGAACCAAACGAACCUGCCAAGAAGCGCUUAAAAGUUAGUGGAAUUGACACAAGUCAGCCUGUUACUGAUUACAGAGUGCCAGCAUCUGCUGCCGCACCAAUGGAUGUGCCAGACAUCCGUAAAAGUCUACUGCCAGGUGUCAAUGCAAAUCCUAGUUGCAAGCACCUUGGAAGUAACAGUGAUGAGAUUGUUCCACCUGUUGUUUCUCAGCACACUGUGGAAGGAAAUACUAGCUCAAGUGUCGUACAAAAAAGCGCUGGCAAAGCUAAUUGUUACGAAGGUGGAAGAGAACUGGAAACAAUGAAAAAUGUUGAUAGGAGCGUGUCAAGUGAUCAGUUACUUAAAAUAGUCAAUGGAAACCAUCAGUCUUGUUUGAAUAAUUCUGGCCUCUGGAACAUCCCGGGAAAUACAACAGCUCCUGGACAUAGUCAACUGGAUAUGCUAUCCUUGACGAACCUAGAGGAAUCACUUGACAAAGAGUUGGAGGAAGCACAAGAACGUAAACGCCUUUGUGAAAUUGAAGAAAGAAAUGCGCUUAAGGUGUAUAGAAAGGCACAGAGAUCUUUGAUAGAGGCAAAUGCCAGAUGUGCAGAACUUUACAGUAAGAGAGAAAUUUUAUCUGCUCAUUAUGGAUCUCUCCUCGUGCGCGACUCCAGAUUGUUGUGGCCUUCUAUACAUGGUGAGAGUCCUGAAACUGGGUUUCACUUCUUGAAUAAUAGUACUGGAAAUAUUGAUUUGGCAACCAAAACGGACAUCGCUCAGCAUACUCAGCUAGAAAGCAACCACAGAUAUAACAGCGAUUGUGGUGGCAGUCAGCCUCCACCUCAUUCCCGUAGUGGACAGAAUUUGGGUUCAGAACCGUACAGUGAUCUUGGUGCUAGUACCUCUGAUGGGUUGCCUUGCAGUAACAAGCAAACUGCAAGUAGACUAUGCUCCCCAUCAAGUGAUGCAAACAUUUUGCCAGAUGACGAGUCAUUUCCAGUUGACCAUGAAUCUACGGAGGGGAACCUUGGACAUCAAACAGAAAAUCUUGAUCAAACACUAGGCAAUCAGAAUGCUUUGCUUCUUGAAGCAUCAUUAAGAUCAAAAUUGUUUGAGCAUCUAGGCAUGAGGGCAGAAUCUAAGGGUGUCACAUGUUUCAAUGGAGAGACUGUGAUAGAUAGAGGGGAUGAAAGAGAUGUUGCAAGUGAACGAACCCAGAGAGAUGAUGGUAGUCCUUUCUCCGAAAUAUAUCAGCAUAAUGAUUCUCGAGAGCCAGGGGCCAAUAAACUGCAAGGAAAUCCCUCCGAAGCACCAGUUGAACGACGCUCAAUCGAGGAAUUUCAGUCAUCUGUAGAUAUGGAGUCCCAUAGGAGUUCACCAGAGAAUGACCUUUUAUCGUCUGUAGCUUUGUCAGGUCCUUUAUUUCGGAGCACAAUCUAUCAUCUGAAAGUCCCAGGGUCUUCAAUUACGUCUCUGGGACCAGAAUAUACACUUCAAAACAAGUCAUAUAGCCUAUAUAGUGAUAAAAGACAAUGUAGGAGCUUGACUCAAACUACAGUAUAUGAGACAAAAAUUGGCUGCUACACCUGUAAUUUGAAGGUGGACCCUUCUUGGCCUCUCUGCAUGUACGAGUUACGCGGAAGGUGCAAUAAUGAUGAAUGUCCUUGGCAACAUUUCAAGGAUUUCUCUGAUGACAGUUUGCAUCAAAGUCUACAUGAUCCUCCUGAUGGUAGAGUUGGGUCAAGUUCACAUCAGAAGAAACAUAAUUCUUCCAAAGGAUCCCAGAUUUUGGACACGGUGGUUUCACCAACUUACCUUGUCUCCUUGGAUACGAUGAAGGUUGACUCGUGGUCUUAUGAGUCCGUUCUGGCUCAAAGACAUGGACAAAUAUGGUGGAAGCACUUUAGUGCCUGCCUAGCCUCAUCAAACUCGCUUUACAGGAAUGUACCUGCAAAGGAAAAUGAAGGUCGAAUUGAGGUCCUAGGAAAUUCAAAAACAUACUCAUCAUACUUCAGGAUUAAGCAUAGCUUGAUGAAUAUCCUUAAACAAGGUUCAGAUGCUGCUGUUGAACCCAUGGAAAUGGCUCUUAUUAUUUUCUUUCGAGAAGUUGAGCAGUCAGAAGGCUUGAUCCAGGCCCUUUCUUUGCUCUCACAAUGUCUUGAAGGUGACCCAACUUCUGAGAUUCUUUGGACUGUUUAUCUCCUGAUUUACCAUGUGUAUGAAGGAUCAGAUGGGAAAGAUAUGUUUUCUUAUGGGGUCAAACACAGUAGCAGAUCAUACGUAAUUUGGCUUAUGUACAUCAGCAGUCGAGGACAACUUAAUGAUCAAUUUUUUGCAUAUGAUGCUGCCCUCUCGGCACUUUGCAACCAUGCGUCUGGGUCUAUUGACAGGAAUCAUGCCAGCGCUUGCAUAUUAGAUGUUUUGUUGCAGAUGUUCAACCUUUUGUGCAUUUCUGGGAAUGUUUCAAAGGCAAUACAGAGAACAUCCAAGCUUCAGGCUCCAGCAGCAGUUUCUGAUGACCCUGACUUUUCACUGAUGUCUCACAUUCUCACAUGCUUAACAUAUUCUGACAAAUGUGUGUUCUGGGUUUGUUGUGUGUACUUAGUUAUUUACAGGAAGCUGCCUGACUCUAUUGUCCAACGACUUGAAAUGGAGAAGGAACUACUUGAAAUAGAAUGGCCAUCUGUUAAUUUGGAUGGUGAUGUGAAGCAAAUGGCGCUCAGACUAUUUGAUAAAGGGAUGCGUUCCGUAGAACAUUGUACCAAUGGGUUGUCUGAAAAUGGAAUACAAAAGCGACCUGCUGGGCUAUUUGCUCUGAACCACGCCCUGUUUAUGGUUGCAGUAGAUGAAUUGGAAAGCUGUAGGGACAUUUUGAAGGCAUCUGUUAAACUCUACCCAACUUGCUUGGAGCUGAAAUUGUUAGCAGUUAGGAUGCAAUCAAAGGAGUUAAAGGAUAUGUUUUCGUCUGGGUUUGAAGAGCUUCUCAAGCAGGAAGCAAAAGAGGCAUCAUGCAUACAAUGUAUUUGGAAUCAGUAUGCUGAAUAUGCUUUGCAAGGAGGAAGCUACGACUUGGCAAGAGAACUCAUGUCCCGUUGGUACGUGUCAGUAUGGGAUGUAUUGUCCCAUAAGAAUAAGACAGUACUGGCUAAUGAAGAAGAAGGUGAUGAUAGUUUGCUGGAAUCAGCGUUAUCAGAUCUUAAUGUUGCAUCGGAUCAGGUGGAUGUGAUGUUUGGCUAUCUUAAUCUCUCGCUGCAUAAUCUACUGCAGAGUAACUGGACCGGGGCUCGCUUGGCCAUUGACCAAGCACUAAAAGCUACAGCUCCUGAGCAUUUUAUGUACUGUCUUAGAGAGCAUGCUGUGUUUCAGCUAAUCGACGAGUUGCAAGCAACGGGUGAAUUUUCAAUCAACCUACAAAUGAGAUUACUCAACUCUUAUUUGGAUCGAGCAAGUUCUUUACCUGUAAAAGAGCCACUAUCUUGGAAGUUCAUCAGCAACAGCGCUGAGAAACCGAGAGUCAGGAAGCUAGUUACUAACCUUCUUGCUCCAGUUUCAUCUGAACUCUUAGUGGUGAAUGUUGUUCUCGAAGCAUGGCACGGACCAUCUCUUGUACCCGAGAAGCUAAGUAAACAAAAGGAACUGGUGGAUUUUGUGGAAACAAUCUUAGGGUUGGUUCCAUGCAAUUAUCCACUGGCUUUGUCUGUAAGUAAGCUGUUAAGGAAAGAAGAGAAACAUUCAGAUUCUGGUUCCUCCUCGGGUAUUCAUUUCUGGGCAGGUCUGAAUUUGGUGAGUACAAUAUCUUGUGCCAUCCCAGUAGCUCCGGAGUAUAUUUGGGUGGAGGCUGGAGAAAUAGUGAGCAAUAUCAAUGGUUUCAAGACAAGAGCUGAGAGAUUCUUGAAGAAAGCUUUGUCUGUAUAUCCAAUGUCUGUGAAGUUAUGGAGAUGUUAUCGGAGUUUAUGCAAAAGUAUAGAAGAGAGAAGAGGUAUUGAGAUCGAAGAAGCAGCCAUAAAGAAAGGAAUCACUCUUGAUUGAUAUGAUCAUUUGAAAGUAUUAGGUCUUUUGAAUUUUGUCCCCCUAUAUAUAAGAGUUAAUAUUAGUAAGGGGAAAAAAAAAAGAAGGGAAUAUACAGUUUAAAAAGUUUUAAAGUCAAUACGAAUUACAGGUUUAACAUCUCUUCUGUUUUUUUUCUGUGUUGAAUGUUGUUUUUUCUUCUUCUAUUGGAUAUUGUAGAUCUUUAAUAUAAAAGUUCAGUCAUUUGCAUUUCAAAA